GUACAAUCAACAAUCCAAUUCCUGUCGUUGCGUCCUCAACUGCACCCCGCCACGUCGACACUACACUUCCACCAUAUCCCAUACACACCAUUGCCAGCAGUUCAAAGACGACGACCAGUCCGUUGUCAAUAUGCAACCAGGGGCGUCGUUCACGUUUAGCGACAUCCAGCAUAUCAUGCGAUCGUCACGGACUUCAGCGAACAAGUCGAUGCCACCAGCGCUCGGUCCAGCCGCCGCCAGCCGGCUCGCCGCACCAUGGGCCUUCCUUAACUACGAACCGACCAUUCCCGUAGACCUAUUACUUGAACGGGGCGUUGGUCUGGUGAGAUAUGUACGCCAGGAGUGCCACCGAGGUCACGGAGCUUCGUCCUCCCCUGGGCGCGCCAUCAAGGACGGCGCGCGGAAUGUCAUGCAUGUGCGUGUGGCUGCCGACUUGCACGGUGUGUCGAUUUCCAGAGUCCUUCGAACCCUGGCUGGGCCGACUGCCACGUCAUUCGAUGACUUCUUCGACCGGCUUCUCGGGGACAAGCUGGAAGGCAUGACACUCCAUCGCAACGCGUGCGCUGACGUCCACGGCCGGCCGUGGGUCGAUCCGUCCCGCGUCCCGCCGCGCAUGGCGUCUAUGGGCAGCUUGUACUAUGACGACUCGUCGUUGUUCAAGAAGGUCACCAGGGAGCUCGUGUACUUGGACUACAUGCACAUUCACUCGGACAAACGAUCAAUCACACGAGUGUUCAAGUCUGUCGACAGCGAUGACCCCACGACCCCGCACAAGAAACACAUCGAGCGACACAAGCACAUUUUGUUUGGGUAUUGCAUCGACGACUUUCGUCACCUCGAAGAUCGGAACGAUCUCGAUGACGACGACGAUGACGACAAAUCCAGCGUGCGCGUGACAUUCUAUGGCGAGUACGCGAUGGCCCCCGAGCCGUGUCGCCUCGGUCGAGAGGCCAAGCACUUUUUGGAAAAACUCGGCACGUCCGUGCAGCUGUUGCAGCGUAUGUUGGCUUGUCACCCACCCAAGUUGUCUGCUUCCCACAUCACACAAGGGUGCCAGUCUUGCUUCAAGUCGUUUUCGCUGUUUCGAAGCCCCAUCUCCUGCGUGACAUGCACACAUUGGUUUUGCGCCAACUGCGUCUCCCCCCAAGACUCGUCUUUGCCAAGUGGUCACCGACGAUGCCAUGCUUGCCAUGACACGUCCCGCCGCCGCCACCGCCGCAGCCGCCGCAGCCGCCACAGUCGAAGCAGUCUCACCGAUGGCGCGACGUCAAUUUCGUCGACCCCCACAAACAACCAUGACGAUGGCAGCAAACUCCCCACCCCCCCAAGCCAAUCCGCGACUUCCAAACUGGCAUUGCAAGCCCCAUGCGCGCAAUGCGUCGUGCGGUCCGCUACCCUCGCCUGCCGACUCUGUCGAGACCUGUGCUGCCAACCAUGUUGCCGAGUCGAACGCUUUGUAGAUCCACACGAAGGCGGGUCGUUUGAAGUGUGGACAUGCAUCAACUGCAUCGCGCAGACCACAGCUGAAAUGUCUCCAAUCCCCCCGCCACAGGUUAAGCUCCAGCCCACCCCCCCUCCCUCCCCGAAGAAACCCCCGCCCCAUCCGUUCACCAAACUCAAGGCGGCUGCAUCUAUUGAUCCCAUCAACCCGCGUCCAUCGUCCGUACUGCUCUUCAACUACCUCAUGCGCAUUUCCGAAGGCAGUGAGUCGUCCGAUCACAACAGUCCUGCCUGUGUGGGGUCGCCAUCAUCGCCACCGCCAACCACGUCUGCGGCACCGCCAAUAGGAUCUCCUGUCCAGGCUACAUCGACUUCGAGCCCCCCAGCCCCCCCCCCACUGUACCUCCCUGCCGAACUCGCCUCCGACCAGCCGGGCACCGAACCCUCCCCCGCCGCCAUCGACCAAAUCCGGACCACAGCUGUGCUGGACCUCGACACGAACGACGCGCUGGACGCGAUCUGCCUCCAAGCCGCCACCAAAAUGGAGUGCACGUUUGCGUUCGUCAACUUGAUCUACAAAGGGUCGUUCAUGCUCAAAGGCGCAGCGGCUAUCGACACAGCCAUGCCCACGUCCGUUCCCCGGGACUGCCAGCUCUCGACCCACAGCAGCACGCUGCCGCUCCUGGUUCCGGACGCGGAAAUGGACCCGCGGUUUGCCACUUCCCCCCUUGUGGCCGGGAAGACGCACAUCCGGUUUUACUAUGGCCUCCCCCUCGUCACAACCACCGGCGUCCUCCUUGGCACGGUCGCCGUGGCCGACGUCUACCCCCGCGUCCGGGUGUCGGUGGCCCAGCGAGACGAAUUGCUAGAGUUUGCCCACCAAGUGGCCACGUUGAUUUCGAAUCGAGCGACGCACGACUGAGAUAAAAAAGCAUCAACUUCCUAACGAGCGUCGACAGUAGACCCUCCAUGCCUCGAGUCGUUCCAUGCGGCACGCACAAGAGCAGUGCAAAGUGGUGUGAUAUACGGAAUAAUAAUAAUAAUGGUGAUGUGUGGUCCUCGUG